AUGCCUAAGCCAACUCAUUCGUCUGAAAACUAUCCUUAUAACUCACGUUAUGCAGACACGGUCCAGUAUAACUCUGAGACCGAUGAGCCUUUUAUUGCCUUACUCGCACCGUAUUCCAACAUCCGUUUGACUCCACCACGACUGGACGACACGAACGAAAUCUUACCGUUAAUGAAUGUUCCAGAAGUUAUUAUGAACUUUGCAACUCCUCCUUAUCCUUAUCUUCGAGAGCAUUGCGACGGGUGGUUAAAAGACCGAGUCCAAGACUACGAAAAUGCGAUGGUACACAUGUCGAAUAUCGAUGGGGAUGUCGGCUUUCUUGAUCUAGCACCACUGAGGCACAUCAGGGAGGUCGCGCCCGAUGGAACUGAGACAUUUUUGGGGGAUAUUGGUCUUAUCCGAGAAUCUGCAUUCUGCGAAAUAAAGUAUCAGGAAACUAGAGCAGCGAUGGUGAAUGCAAACAUGAUCCUCCCUCCAGGAGAUCCGGAUAUCAUGAGUCAAACAGACUAUCUUCGGCCAACACAUCACGGGCGAGGUAUCAUGACUGCGGCAAUCAAGACGAUGAUCGACCUAUGGGCGACCCCUCAUAUGAAUGCACAUAGGUUUUACGCGGCCACCUUCCCCGAAAACAUCGGUAGCCAAAAGGUGUUUUUAAAAAACGGGUUCGAGAUUGUUGAUCGAGUGAUCGGGGCCGUGCAAUUCCCUGAAAGCAAGGGCGGCCAUAUCAAGGACAGCAUCAUUCUUCGUAGGGACAUACGCGCACCUUUGUAG